AUGGCAACAUUGAUGGCAACUAGUAACAACAACUCGGACAUGAACAUGGCUGCUGUCAAUCCAUUGGCUAUGUUAGCUGCACAAUGUAAUAAAAUUCAAUCGUCCAAUACAACGAUUAAUAAUCAUACACCAUCAUCUCUACCAUUAUUAUCAGCAACAACAACAUCCAGUCGCUCAAAUAGUCCUCCAUCAUCACCACCUAAAACAAGUUUUUAUGCUUGGAAAAAACCAAUAACAGCAAGUCCACCACAUUAUCAAUCAACACCAAUGAAUAAUAUUAAUCAUCAUCAACAUCCUCAUCAUCAUCAUAAUUCUGAAAUAGCUUCAUCAUUGGCACGUAUAAGUCAUUAUGAACAUUCUUUAUUGAAUGGUAAUGGUCAUUUAAAAGAGAAUACAACAAUACCUCCAUCAAAUCCAACAUCAGCACAAGCAGCUUGGCUUGAUAUUCAUCAUCAUCAUUCAUGGUUUGCUGCUACGCAGACACCGCCCCUUCUUAAUAAUAACAAUGAACAACAAGCAACUCAUCAACCACCACCACCACCACUGUUUUCCACUGCACCUAAUGUUCAAUAUGCACCUCAUGGACAUCAUCAUGUUCAACCAACACAUUAUAAUGAUUUUCUUUCUGCCGGUCAGCAUUAUGCCGAUUCAUAUCGUCAUGAAUUUCGUUUACUUUAUUCACCUGUUGUUCCACCACCACCAACAACACUAUCACAAUCAACACCAUCAUUUGCAUCACAUACACCAUCACCACCAUCAGCUCAAGCAACAACAUCAUCACCAACUACAACAAAUAAUUCGAACAGUUCACCAAAAAAUACAAUUUCAAAUAAUUUAACAAGAAAUGGAAAACAACCAAAAGCCAGUCGAGCUCAAUGUGAUUGUCCUAAUUGUCGUGAAGCUGAUCGUUUAGGUUUUGUUGGUGGAGCUAAUUUAAGAAAACGAAAUAUUCAUAGUUGUCAUAUACCUGGUUGUGGUAAAGAAUACAAUAAAACAUCACAUCUCAAAGCUCAUUUACGUUGGCAUACAGGAGAACGGCCAUUUGUUUGUAAUUGGUUAUUUUGUGGAAAACGAUUUACUCGUAGUGAUGAACUUCAACGACAUUUACGAACUCAUACAGGUGAAAAACGAUUUGCAUGUCAAGUUUGUGGAAAACGUUUUAUGCGUAGUGAUCAUCUCAAUAAACAUGUUAAAACACAUUCAAUUAAUAUAAAUGGUAAUUUAAAUGAUGAACAUAGAAUGAAAAAUCUUGAUUCUGAUCCAGAAGAAACAAAUCGUGACCAGCAUCAUCACCAUCAACAUCAUCAUCUUCCACAUCAAGCUUUAUUGCACAUGCAUCAUCAACGAUUUAUGGUUGCUGAUAUUAAAGCAGAACCGAGAAUGAGCAAUUAA